GCGCAGCAGACUUCUCUUGAACUCGCACUUUGAACUACUAAAGACAUGCCCCCGUAUUUCGAAACCGUUAAAUCUUUCGCGGACGUGCCUAUCGCCGACAAGGGUGUAGAGACGCAAUCGUUCCUAGAAGCCUCAGAUGGUCUUGUUCAGUUGUUUGAUUUGUUAGGUUCUGGAGUUUUUGGAUUCGUGCAGGCAGAUAUCAGGGGUAAUAUACAAGGACUUCGUAGUCGUUAUGAAACGGCUCGUGAUGCGUCAGGAACGCUGGAAUCCCUUGUAGAAUACGAACAUCAAGAAUGUGCAUGCUCCGCAACCCAGAUGCAGAAACACGGUACCCCAUGCCUUGUUCGCCUCAUUCGGGGACUGGCGUUCACAUGCAAGGCGCUGCAGAACAUGCAGGCCGAUAGGUCUUCGGAAUUAUAUCCCUGCUUCAAACGUUCGUACGAUGAGGUCCUGGGACAUCACCAUUCCUUCGUCAUCCGCUCUAUCGUUUCGGUAGCGAUCCGCGCCGUCCCACGGCGCUCCGAUUUUUAUCGGAGCAUAGCGCAAGGCGGGUCGGCGGAAAAACUUGAUGAGGAGCUAGCAAAGUGGCUCGUGGGCUUGGAUGGGAUUGUGAAACGUAUGUGUACUUUUUUGGAAAAGGGAGGGUAUGGAAAGGUUUGAGAGCUCUGAGCUCUUGCAUUGUAUUGGAUGGAACGGAAGUACGGUUCGGAUCCGGAUCGUCCUCCGUGAGCUAUAAUAGUUCUUGAUAGACUAGUGACAGACGAUACGUGGACGUUUUGCCAUAUCAUGAUCCUGGCGAUGCUGCGUGUGUCGACGAU